AUGAAAGGAACAGUACAGAUAACAUCAUCUGCUAUCAUGAUAAUUUUACUUCUAGUAGUAGAUAGAUCAGAGGGGGAUCCCAGAUCUCAAGUCCUUAACUUAACAUGUUCUCAACAGCGUGCAACCUCUGCAAACUUCAUUCCAAACUUUGUGCGCGUGAUGGAGGAAAUCAGUACCCGAAUCCAAACAUCACACAGAGCAACAGCAGUUAUGGGCACAGGACCUGACCUUAUCUAUGCACUUGCUGAAUGCUAUGGUGAUCUUUCAGCAGAUGACUGUAUGAUAUGUUAUGCUGCAGCACGUACAGCUAUUCCUGUUUGCUUGCCUGGUGUUGGCAGCCAAGUGUUUCUUGAUGGUUGCUUCAUACGAACACAAAACUACAACUUCUUUGAGGAGAAUGCAGGAUCAAAUGACACAGUAAUCUGUGGGAAUACAACAAGGUAUGGUGUAUCUUUGGAUUCAGCAAGGCAGGCUAUCUCAGAUGCUGCGAGGGAUGCACCAACAAACAGGGACUACUUUGCAAGAAAGGUGGCAUUAGCAUCGGUGGGGACAGUAAAUGAGUCUACUUAUGUGCUGGCAGAUUGUUGGGGGACUUUGAAUGAGAGUUCUUGUAAAGAAUGUUUGGAGAGAGCAUCUUCUUCUAUCUUUCGAUGCUUGCCUUGGUCUGAGGGACGUGCACUCCAUACUGGAUGUUUUAUGAGGUAUUCUAAUACCAAUUUUCUCAAUGCUGACCCAACCAGGGGUAAUACUAAUAAUGGAGGAAAUGCCAAAAGCCAGCUCAUUCAAAGGAAUUGUGAAAAUCAGCAAUUGAACACCAGAACCGAUUUCAGUCUGAACUUUGGCCAGGCAAUGGCUGACAUCAGCACCAAAAUGGAAACUUCACAUUUUGGGACAGCAGUUACAGGGACAAAAGCUGAUAAGGUGUAUGGACUUGCUCAGUGUUAUGGUGGUCUUUCUACCCGUGAAUGCAACUUAUGCUCUGCUGAAGCACUUACUACUCUUCCUGGUUGUUUGCCUAGUACAGGUGGUCGGGUUUAUCUCACUGGUUGCUUCAUGAGAGGACACUCACAGCUUGCUUUGGAUUGCAUGGAGGCAUUUUCAGCAAGGAACAUUGGAGGAGCUUUUUGAUCCAAACUUAAUGUUGAACAAUGACACCAGUAGCAACAUGAAGAAGGAAAUAAAAAGUGUGAUACACAUAGGGCUUCUUUGCAUACAAGAAGUCCCAUCACUUAGACCAUCGAUGUCUAUGGCUCUACAAAUGUUAUCUAAAAAUAUUGAACCUUUACCUUCACCUUCUAACCCCCCUUGUAUACCUGAAACCAACACAGAAACAAAUGAGUUUGGUCAAAUCCCUGCUUUUAGGCAUAGAUUAAAUAAUCCUGCUUCACUUCCUACUGUUACACAUACUUCUUUUAGUCCAAGGUAG